CCUUAACUUCACCCUCACCCCUAAUUUCUUUCUCUCUCUUCUUCUCUCUCCCUUUUCUCCAACUGAGGGAGGAAAGGAAAUAGCUCAAGGGGAAAGAAGAAUUAUCAACCCACGACAACUUCAGCCCUAUUCUUCGAAUCCACUAUACCGCUCAAACCAAUUCGGAUCACAGAACAAACCCAAACAUGUCUCAUUCAGUCUUCCAAACGGCACAGAUUAUGCCCCUCGCGCCAACCUCCAAAUCCUUAUCUUCCAAGCCGUUGCAGCCAAUGGCAACCGUUUCCCUGCGUCCAGCAUCGCCGCCCUUCUCCGGCAGGCGCCGGAUGCGUUAUUUUCCUGUCAGGGCUUCAUCUUCUGCGUUGGUUGACGGCGAUGCUAGUGCGCACCUUGAGCGAUGCUUUCAGGCGUCUCCGGAUGCUCCGUCUUCGACUCCUUCCAGCUCCGUGGAAUUUGGCCCCACUAUGAAGGGGGGGCAGUAUGGGGCGUUUGGAGCAGUUACCUUGGAGAAAUCGAAGCUGGAUAUGUCGAAGAAGGAAACUAAGAGUAGUCCCCAGAUUGAAACUGGGGGUGGAGGUGGAAAUAAGGGGAAGGGUCUUAGUCACGGCGGUGGUGAUGGAGGCGAUGAUGGUGGUGAUGAUGAUGAUUACUUUGACGAUUUUGAUGAGGGUGAUGAGGGAGAUGAGGGUGGACCGUUUAGGAGAAGGGUCAUUCUGGAGGAGUUGUUUGAUAGGAAAUUUGUUGAUGCUGUAUUAAAUGAGUGGCAGAAGACAAUUAUGGAUUUGCCUGCUGGGUUUCGUCAAGCCUAUGAAAUGGGUAUGGUUAGUUCUGCUCAAUUGGUAAAGUUUCUUGCAAUCAAUGCCAGGCCAACCACAGCAAGGUUUAUAUCACGGUCGCUUCCCCAUGGACUGUCUAGAGCAUUUAUUGGCAG